UUUGGACAACGGGCGGAACAGAGUUCGGUAGUCCAAUUCGGCUGCGCCGUCUUGAGCCCGAUUCCUUCUCCGGCGGCGGUGAAAUCAGUCGUUUCUUUGUCGGAUUCCGAGCAGGGAAGUCUCGAACGGGCCGUCGGAUUAAUUUCGACUUCCUCGUCGGCCUUGAUGUUCCCGGAAAACACUCUCGCUGGCGACGUUCUUGCCACAGCCAUCUCUGGCUGCGUCGCCUUCUUCUUUCUAUGGUUGUGGGAAGAAACCGCCAGACGUGGGUUCUUCGACCAGAAAUUGAAUAGGAAGCUUGUGCAUAUAAGCAUAGGACUAGCUAUCAUGCUUUGCUGGCCACUAUUCAGUUCUGGGAUUCGAGGAGCAGUCCUGGCAUCUCUUGCUCCUGGAGUCAACAUAAUACGCAUGCUUCUUUUGGGAUUCGGAAUAUGGGAAGAUGAGGACACUGUCAAGUCAAUGUGCAGAUUUGGAGACUACAGGGAACUUCUCAAGGGACCAUUAUACUAUGCCUCCACACUUACUUUCUUCAGUGUAUUCUAUUGGAGAACUUCCCCAAUUGCAAUUGCAGCAAUCUGUAACCUGUGCGCUGGAGAUGGUUUCGCCGAUAUUAUUGGAAGGCGGUUCGGCAGUCAGAAAAUUCCAUACAACAGAAGCAAGUCAUUUGCUGGUAGUAUUGCAAUGGCAACUGCUGGUUUUGUGUCAUCAAUUGGGUACAUGCACUAUUUUUCCAUGUUUGGGUACAUCCAAGAAAGUUGGGAAAUGGCUCUGGGUUUCUUGGUUGUAUCUCUUGCCUCGGCACUCGUAGAAUCACUCCCCAUAAGCAGCAAUCUCGAUGACAACCUCACAGUUCCACUUACUUCUGUGUUGGUGGGCAGUCUUGUUCUAUAAAGUCAUGAAUCUGCAUCCAUUGUGAUCUGUCCACAAACAAUAAGCAAAAUCUAUUUACAAAAGUAAUCUUGAUUGGUAAUUUGCUAUUUGGUUUCUUUAAGUCAUGGAUUGAGUAUUGGCACCCCACUUCAACCAAAUCAUGUAUCACUUUUGAGAGAUUACGCUUCCUCUGUGUAUUUUAGAAUUGUGUUUUCCGUGGUUUCUUUUGUAAAUUACCAAAUCCUUGAUUUCAAGGUUGGGCUGUUGUUUUGAAGAUUCUUGUCUUGUCUUCUAAUCACACCAAUUACAUUUUAAAACAAAGUUAUUAUUAUUAUUUUCAUU